GUUUACUACAGCUAGGAAUGGUCUUACAUGUCAUGACUUAGUUAUCGGGGACGGAGGGGCAUUCAGCGCGCAGAAGCGGGCAAGAAUGAAGUCCUCAGGCUUCGCCAUAAAGUCUAAGAAGACUCCUUUUCAGAAACAUAAGGAAGCUGAGGAGGAGCGCAAAAAGAAAGCCGAUGAGGAGGCAGCACGUGUGUAUGAGGAGUUCGUGGAAUCGUUCUCCUCCGCGCCAGAGCCAAAGCGGGGCGGUGGCUUUGUGAGGGGUGGCACGGUGCUACCUGGCAGCAAGCCCACUGAUGCCCCGGCGCCCGUGGGUCUGUCCAGCAAGAAGACUACCAAGUAUGUGCCUUCCUUCCUGCCGCCCUCGGCCGCGGCCUUCGAUGCCGCGCCCAAGCCCAAGGCGUUCGACGAUGACGAGUCUGUGUUCCAAGCGCCGGCCAAGAAGACCGACAAGGACAAGCCUCGCAACAUUGACAAGAUGUUGGAGCAGCUUAAAAAGGAGCAGGAGAUGCGGGAUAAGGGGAUCCCGGAGCCGGGUCCGGAGCGGGCCCCCUUCGGCAUGGACGGCGGCUUUGGCGGGGGCAGCUUUGGCGGCGGCGCCGGCGGCGCUGGACCCUUUGGCGGCGCCGGGGGCGUCCGCGGGGCCAUGGGUGGCUCCUUCGACCACGGCGACCCCUUCACCACCAACCUGUAUGUGGGCAACCUGUCCCAGGAGACUGACGAGGAGGUACUGAAACGCGAGUUCGGGCGCUUCGGCGCCAUUGCCAGUGUCAAGGUCAUGUGGCCACGUGACGAGGAGCAGCGGCGCAAGGGGCGCAACUGCGGCUUUGUGGGGUUCAUGAAACGCGACGACGCGGAGAUGGCGAUGCGGAAGUUGCAGGGCAUCAUCCUGCACGGCAACGAGCUGCAUAUCGGCUGGGGCAAGGCCAUCCCGCUGCCCGCCAUCCCCAUCUACGACCCGCGCGAGGGCGCCGUGGUGUCCGCCAUCCCCGCCGCCGCCACCCGGCCCGCGCACCUGCUGCCCGACCUGGUCAUCCCCAAGAAAGCCUACAACGACGACCACAGCGUGCACAGGGGCACCGGCACGGACAUUGAGAUCAAGGUGCCGGAUGACCCGCGCCUGAGGUACAUCAUCGACACGCUGGCGGUGUACGUGCUGCAGGACGGCUGCGCCCUUGAGCAGGCUGUGAUGGAGGCGGAGCAAAAGAACUUCGACUUCGCCUUCCUAUUCGACCUCAAGUCCUCGGAGCACCUCUACUACCGCUGGCGGCUGCACUCGCUGUCGGAGGGCGACACGCUGCGCACCUGGCGCAUCGAGCCCUACUGCAUGGUGCACGGCGGCCAGCGCUGGGUGCCGCCGCCCAUGACCACCCUGGCCGAGCCCAGUGAGCUGGACGACCGCACCGCGGCGCAGAAGGCCGACGGCAGCGGCCCGGCGGCGCCGCGCGAGCGCGAGCGGCCGCUGUCCGACAGCGAGCGCGACCGCUUCGAGGACAUGCUGCGGUUCCUCACCGUGGAGCGCUCCGACAUCUGCGACGCCAUGAUGUUCUGUCUGAGUGCGGCGGACGCGUGCGGCGAGAUCGUGGACAUCCUGGCCGAGAGCCUCAGCCUGAGUGAGACGGCGGUGCCGCUCAAGAUCGCGCGCCUGUUCCUGCUGUCAGACCUGCUGCACAACGCCACCGCGCCCGUGCGGAACGCCUCGAGGUACCGCGUCAAACUGCAGGCGGCGCUGCCGGACGUGUUCGAGAGCCUGAACGAGACGUACCGCGGCGCCGACGGCCGCAUGCUGCAGGAGGCACUGCGGCGGCACGUGCUGCGCGUGCUGCGCUGCUGGCGCGACAAGUACAUCUUCACAGACGACUACCUUAACGGCCUGCAGGCCGUGUUCCUGACCACGGGCAGCAGCACGGAGAAGGCGCUGGGCGACAACCCCAGCCUGCGGGCCGAGCUGGAGGCGGCGGAGCAGGAGGAGCUGGAGCGGCGGGCUAAGCUGGCGGGCCUGAGCACACGCGGCGGCAAGGCGGCCAUGAUCGACCGCUUCCUCAUCUUGGACCACUACCUGCACGCCGACUCGAGACCCGUGUUCGACCCCACCCGCCAGCAGCAGCAGCAGCAACAGGCGGGUGCCAACGCGGACGCACCGCUGCCGCCUCCCGCACAGCCUCGGCCGGUGGUCAAGGACGAGCCGGAUGUGGCGGCGGCCCCCGCAGUGCCUCAGUCGCGGUGGACCACCGUGGACGAGCAGGAGGAGCGCCAAAAGCUGCCGCAGAUGCCCAUCAGCAAAUGGCUGCUUCAGGAGCAGGACCAGGACGCCCGGCUGGCGGCGCUGGAGGCGCAGCUCCGAGAGCUGGACGAGAUGGACACGGGGGCGGCGGAGGCGGCAGUAGCAGCCCAGGCCGCGGCAGCAGCAGCCGCGGCAGCAGGCGCCGGCGUCGGGCCCGGCAGCGCGGCGUUCGCUGCGCAGGCGGCGGCGCAAGGAGGCGGCGGCGGUGCCUCGGGCGGCGGAGGCGGUGGCAUCAAGCAGGAGACGUGGCGGGCGGCCGCGGAGGAGGAUGACAAGAUAUUCAGUGACGACGAGGAGGACGGCGGGCCCGGUGCGGGCGGCACCGAGGAGGGCGGCAUGGCAGGGGCUCGGUCAGGGUCGCUCGCCACGCCGCGUGCUGACUCGGCUGCGGACGCGGCGGCGGCGGUAGCUGAUGAGGAGCGGCGGCGGCGGCUGCGUGAGAUAGAACUGUCGGUGGCGCGACUGGAGGCCGAGCUGGAGGAGCAGGGUGUGGGCAAGGACGAGCUGGCGGCGCGGCUGGCGGCGCGGCGCGCUGAGCUGGUCGGGGAGCUGGACCGGGAGCAGACGGCUCGGGCGGCGUCGCUGGACAAGUGGCGCAGCCGGCGCGGCUCCGCAGCGGCGGAAGGAUCGGAGCCGGGCAGCAGCGGCCGCGACCGGGACCGGGACCGGCGAGACCGUGACCGGGACCGGGAAAAGGACAGGGAGCGGGACCGAGACCGGGACCGGGACCGGGAACGCGACUCCAAGAGCCACAAGGAGAGCAAGAGCAAGGACAAGGACAAGGACCGCGACCGGGAACGCGACAGAGACAGAGACCGUGAUCGGGACAGGGACAGGGAGCGGGACCGGGAGAAGGACCGGGACAGGAAGCGGGAGCGGGAGGGCAAGGAGCGGAAACGCAGCCGGAGCCGUAGCCGGGGGCGGAGCGGAGACAAGGAGCGGCGGCAUGAGAGCCGGAGCCGCAGCCGGGGGCGGGACUCCAAGGACAAACGCAGUCGGCGGUGACACUGAAGCGUGUGGGUAGGCCAAUAGCUAGGCUCAGGUGUGCCGGGUCUCGACAGUGUUAGGCAGGUUUCGGCGUGAGGCGGAGGUCUGCGGAGCGUGACUUCCGUAUGAGGCAGGUGCAGACAGCGGAUGGGACACGUGCAGGAGGCAGGGGCGUGAACUGGCACUGGUCGCCUGCUCACGGUGCGGCAUGCAUUUUGCGAUCGGCUGGGAGCAGACCGCAUGGAAUGGGCACAGCAGAUGUCCCCGUGACUGCGUCUCGGUGUAACACUGGCCCGAG